AAGAAAAGAUGGUCCUUUAAAAAGUGGAAGCGUCCUCAAACGAUGUCAAAUAUUACGCUCUGCCACCGAGUUUAGCCGCCGCUUGGAUCCUAGAGUCGGACGCGACGAUCAAUCUGUGGCUCACCGGAGUGGCGACCGCAACGCCAGGCCACAACUCAUCAACUGGGGCCCACACCACAUGCUCGCGCAUCGACGCCUGUCACGCUCUGCAAACUGCUAGAGAUGAAGGAUCUAACAGGGGAAUUGAUCAUUUAAUUCAGGGGUAAUAUUGGUAAUUUCCUUCAGAAAUCGAAGGAAGUGAAUGAAACUCGUCAUAUGAAAACGAGCUUUCUUUUCGAAAAAAAAUAUAUAAAUUGGUUUUUUAAUCACUAAAAGAUAAAGCUGAGCAAUAAGAGAGAGGGUGAUGUUUCGUCCUCUCGGACUUUAGACCGGACUCUUGGAUCUCAAGUUCUCAACCCUCAGUUGCUGAUUUUGGAUUUAAUUCGAUCUCCAGAGUUUUAUAGAAGUUGAGUGCGGUUCUAUAGAAGGAUUUUGGACAAUGAGAAGUUAAUGGCAGCAGCAGAAGCCAGGGCAGCUUGGCGUACUGCAAACCGUUGCUGGGUCCAGGAAGAUGCUAAGAGAGCUCCAAAGUUGGCAUGUUGCCCUUCAUCAUCAUCUGCUCAGCAAUAUGAUUCUUGCAACGGCAAUGUAGCAAAUGGACAAGAACAGCCCACCCACAAUUUUAUGCCUUUGAACUGGAAUCCCAUGAACUCCAAUCUACCACCGGACACAAGAUGGUGGCUCCAGCUGCAAACUAGCUUUGGUUGCCAAAAAGAUUUCACAACAGAGCUGAAUGUCUUGGAAGAUGAGCUCGAAGAGAAGGGAUAUGAACAUGUGGUGCCCACUUCUACACUCAGCGACAAGAGGCUAGAUCAUAAUAACGAUGAUUAUCCUUCAGAGUCACCUGGGAUGGUUUCAACAGCUUUUAUGAAGAAGGAUUCUAAAACAAGAGUUGAUGAAAUGAAGACAGUAAGUAAUAUAUCGCAACAGCCGCUCGAGCGAAAAGUUGAUUCAGAGGAUUAUCUUUUUCAGGAUUGGGAAUUCAUGGAUUGGAAGCCAGUUGACAGGUUAAUACCCAAAAAGACAGAAGGAUUUGGUAAAGAUUUGGACUCACCUUGGGCAGGUCACAAGUGUGAGCCAUGGUGGCGUAUUUCUGAUCAAGAUGAAUUGGCUUCUUUGGUUGCCCAAAAGUCACUAGAACAGAUUGAGAACUGUGAUCUUCCCAAGCCCACUCAAACAGUGCAUGUAAGUGGGGACCCUUUUGCUUGUCUUGAGAGUUUGGAUGGUAACAGGAUUUUCUCCUCAUCAGUAGGUUACAAGUUAAAUUCUAGUUCAUCUUAUCCGAAUGAUUAUCCCCAACAUAGUUCUAUCACCGGGAGCAGCGAUGGAAAGUGUCAGUCCAGUGAUGGAAGUCAUUUUCCUUCAGAUAGCGAGAAACUGUACAGUGGGAACCAGAGUUUUGCUCCUUCAGCUAAUGAUAUACCAGAAAACAGCCAGACCUCGGAUACCAAUUCGAGCAGAGCUGAGCUAUUGGAAGCUCUCCGUCAUUCCCAAACACGAGCGAGGGAAGCCGAGAUAGCAGCACAGAAAGCUUACAGUGAGAAGGAGCACAUCUUCAAACUCUUCUUCAAGCAAGCAUCACAUCUCUUUGCAUACAAGCAAUGGCUCCGGAUGCUACAGCUAGAGAGCCUCUGUCUCCAGCUCAGGAUCAAAGAACAUCAGAUCUCAACGCUGUUUCCUGUUCUUCCUUUUAUGCCACAUAAAGGGGAUGGGACUAAGAGUAAAAGAAAGAAACAUAAGAAUUGUAGCUUUUGUAAGUAUGCUGUAGCUUUUGCUGUUGGCUUAGGCCUUGCUGGUGCUGGCUUGCUCCUAGGUUGGUCCCUCGGCUGGUUACUGCCACACUUAUAGAGAGUGGUAUUCAUAGGUUAACUUAAGCCUGUGAAUGGUGGCUAACAGUUGUGAAUCUAUUUGUUACGAGGACAUAGAAGGGUUUUCUACUGUAUGCUAAAUGGGUUUAGACUGUAAACGUUAAUGUGUUGAGGUGUAUAUUUUAUACGUAAGUAAGUUUGUGCAUAUUGGAUAGGGGCACAUCCGUUUGGCAUGUACUUAAGAUAUUCAGUGUAUUCGAGAGUAAGAUGAUGGAUACGUGUGAUGUCAGUUGUGCAGUUAUAUGAUCUUGUCUUUCCAU